CGGUGUUCCAGCCGGGGCAGAGGCAGAUUCCUCGAUGAGCUCCUGCUCGAUUGGCCGACCUUCCACGGUGGGGUAACGGUCGCAGAGGCGGGGCCGGAGGCAGCUGAGCCGGCCGGGUGGAGCGCGCUGCGGGAGGUAGGCGGCGGCUGAGGAAGAUGAAGAUCCAGUUUCAUACGUGAGACUCACUGAGUGAUCAUUUCAUUGAGAUCAACUUGAAUGACGAGGUGAAAAGUGCAAGAGGAAUGUGGUAUGACUGAGAAAGAAAUAUAUCCUCUCAGUACCUUCUGGUCUCCAAAGUUCCUGUCAAGAAACCUGCUGGUAAUUCAAUUUUUUAUUGCCAAUCUCAACUUCUUUUGACUCUACAAAAGAAAUUGUAUCUAUAGCAGCCCCGAAAGCCAAGGAGUCCAGCAAAUCAUCAGAUAAGACUCAUGACUGAAAAACAGCGGGAAGAAGCAGAAUGGGAAAGCAUAAGUGUGCUGUUGAGGAUGCAUGGCUUAAAGCCUUUACCUCUAGUCAAAAGAACAGAUAUGAAAGAUCUCAUCAUUUUUGACAAACAGUCAUCACAAACAAUGAGGGAGAAUUUAAAAACAAUGAUGGAGGAAACAUCACGUCAACAGAACAUGAUCCACGAGCUCAUAGAAACUAAUAAACAGCUUAAGUAAGAGAAUGGAAAAAAUCUGUUUUGAAUUAAGAAGGAAUUGCAUCUCUGUUACUAGAAAUGAACUUCAGCAACAACUUCAGCAGCAGAUCAGGAACAACGAGCUAAUGACUUGGAACAAAUUAUGGAGAGUGUGAAGUCCAAAAUUGGUGAAAUGGAGGAUGAAUCUGUAAAUAGGGUUUGCCAGCAACAGAAUAAAAUAAAAGAACUUCAAAAGGAGCAUGAAGCUUUACAGGCAAUUCAAUUUCUUAUUGCCAAUCUCAACUUCUUUUGACUCUACAAAAGAAAUUGUAUCUACAGCAGCCCCUAAAGCCAAGGAGUCCAGCAAAUCAUCAGAUAAGACUCAUGACUGAAAAACAGCGGGAAGAAGCAGAAUGGGAAAGCAUAAGUGUGCUGCUGAUGAUGCAUGGCUUAAAGCCUUUAUCUCUAGUCAAAAGAACAGAUAUGAAAGAUCUCAUCAUUUUUGACAAACAGUCAUCACAAACGAUGAGGGAGAAUUUAAAAACAAUGAUGGAGGAAACAUCACGUCAACAGAACAUGAUCCAGGAGCUCAUAGAAACUAAUAAACAGCUUAAAAAUGAACUUCAGCAACAACAAAGCCGAGCUGCAGAUCAGGAACAACGAGCUAAUGACUUGGAACAAAUUAUGGAGAGUGUGAAGUCCAAAAUUGGUGAAAUGGAGGAUGAAUCUGUAAAUAGGGUUUGCCAGCAACAGAAUAAAAUAAAAGAACUUCAAAAGGAGCAUAAAGCUUUACAGGCAAAAUGUGAACAUUAUAAGAAAAAACGAAUGGAGCAACAAGAGACUAUUGCUGCUUUGCAGAAGGAUAUCUAUAGGUUAACACAGGAAGAAGAAGAACGCAUUAUCACUCAAAAUAGAGUGUUUUCUUAUCUCUGCAAAAGAGUUCCGCAUACCGUCUUGGAUAAACAGUUGCUUUGCCUUAUUGAUUACUAUGAAUCUAAAAUUAGAAAAUUUCAUAAACAAAGACAAUAUAAAGAAGAUGAAAGUCAGUCAGAAGAAGAAGAUUAUAGAAGCCUGAGUGCUUCACCAACUUACAACGGCCUUCUAAUGUCAUUACAGAAUCAACUCAAGGAAUCAAAAUCUAAGAUAGAUGUACUUUUAAGUGAAAAGCUGAAUCUUCAAAAAGAUUUGGAAGCCAGGCCUACACAGCAUGAAUUAAGACUUUAUAAACAACAAGUGAAGAAACUGGAGAAAGCCCUUAAGAAAAACGUCAAAUUACAGAAUAUUAUCAGUCAAAAAAAGGCUGAGGACAAAGAGGGAAAAGAUGAGCCCAGCAAAGAUAACCAGCAACAGGCUCUGAUUGACCAGAGAUACUUCCAGGUAUUGAGUAGCAUCAAUUCAAUUAUUCAUAAUCCAAGAGCUCCAGUAAUAAUAUAUAAACAGAGCAAAGGAACAGCCCAACAUUUUAAUAGAGAUCUUAUUCAGGAUUGUGGAUUUGAGCAUCUUGUUCCUAUAAUAGAAAUGUGGGCAGAUCAACUGGCUUCCUUAAAGGAUUUAUAUAAGUCCUUGAAAAUACUGUCUGCAGAACUGGUGCCUUGGCAUAAUUUAAAGAAGCAGGAUGAAAAUGAAGGUAUCAGAGUUGAAGAUCUGUUGUUUAUAGUAGAUACCAUGUUGGAAGAAGUUGAAAAUAAGGCAAAGGACAGCAAUAUGCCAGACUUCCACAUUUUGCGAGCUAUUGUUUCUCACUUCCAAAAAUUAUUUGAUGUUCCAUCUUUAACUGGGGUCUAUCCUCGAAUGAAUGAAGUUUAUACUAGGCUUGGAGAAUUGAACAAUGCUGUGAGAAACCUCCAAGAACUCUUAGAACUAGAUAGUUCAUCCUCAUUGUGUGUGCUGGUAAGCACAGUUGGAAAAUUGUGUAGGCUGAUUAAUGAAGAUGUGAAUGAAAAGAUUAUGCAGGUAUUAGGACCUGAAGACCUUCAAAGCAUUAUCCGCAAAUUGGAAGAACAUGAGGAAUUUUUCCCAGCAUUUCAGGCAUUUACUAAUGAUCUACUCAAAAUCUUAGAAAUUGAUGACUUGGAUGCCAUUGUACCUGCAGUAAGGAAAUUAAAAAUACUUUCAUACUGAAAACAAAUCAAAUCAUUUUUACUGUGUAAAUUGCAUUCUUAACAUCCUAAGUAUUUUGUAGGAUUGAUCUUACUCUGAGACAUGGGUUAUAAAAUGUAUUUACCCCAAAAUUUACCCCCUUCUUUCUAUUGAGGCCUCAUCUGUAUAAUUUUUAUUGACUUUGAGAUUCUUUUAUAGAAAAAAAUUGCUGUUUAAUUAAUAAAUUAACUUUAGAUCCUUGAAUAAUUCUUAAGCAGUUCUUGAGUACUUAAAAUUUAAGAUUGUUUUAAAGUACAGUGUGUGAAUAAGAGAGAAACUCAGGGAGAGAUAAUGCAAGUAAUAGAAAGGUUGCAUUUAAGUUCAGAGUUUAGUGACCUUUUUGGUUCUAGGAACAAGGAAUGCCAAUGUCUGUCUUUAUCCAACCAGCAGGAAGAUAUUGCUUUCCUGGCAAGGAAAUGGCACAUUCUAUUAAGAUAUCCCUCAUAACAUUUGCCCUUUCAGAGCAGAAGGAACAAUAGGAAGAAGGAAAAAAAAAUUUUCCUGUUAGGGUAGGAAAGAAUUAUGAGGUAAAAUAGAUGAGUAGGUGUUAAGCCUCUCAUUUAAAAAAGUGUCUUUUUUACUGUCUUCAUGUGAUGUACCUUUUAUAAGGGCAUGAAAUCUUAAAUAAAAUUUUGUAAAGAAUUUCCAAAUGUAA